AGCGAGCGAGCGAGCGCGGGAGGGGGGCGCACCCCCGCCCGCCGGGCCGGGCCAGCCAGCGCAGGACGGGCGCCCCAGGAGACUCCUUCCCGCCGCCGCCUGCCGGGCGCUGCUUGCGGCUCGGAGGAAGCUGCGUCAGGACGGUGGCUGGGGGCGUGAAGGGCCUGUCGGGGGUCCCUGGGCAGGGAGCCCCCGCUGCCUGCUCUCCGCUCCAGAGGCCGGCGGUGGAGAUGGCGCCAGGGCUGUCGGCUCAGCACCCGCUGGGCUUGCGAGGGGCGGCGUUGGACGCGGGCCGGGAGCGGGGAGGGGCAGGGACGCAGGCGCUCCCGGACAGGAUCGCGCCGGGGACGUGGCACCGCGGGCAGAGCCCGACUCAGGGCGCGGUGAGGGUUUCUCGCCCUUCCUGGGCAGUCCGGUUCGAGUGCCAAGGUGGCUGCGUGUUGCAGGGGGCCGUGGAGCCCAUGCAGAUCGAUGUGGACCCCCAGGAAGACCCGCAGAACGCACCCGAUGUCAACUACGUGGUGGAGAACCCCACCCUGGACCUGGAGCAGUAUGCGGCCAGCUACAGCGGGCUAAUGCGCAUCGAACGACUGCAGUUCAUUGCUGACCACUGCCCCCCGCUGCGGGUGGAGGCCCUGAAGAUGGCCCUCUCCUUUGUGCAGAGGACAUUCAAUGUGGACAUGUACGAAGAGAUCCACCGCAAGCUCUCGGAGGCCACCAGGUACUCCCUCAGGGAGCUGCAGAAUGCUCCGGACACCAUCCCCGAGAGCGGCGUGGAGCCGCCGCCCCUUGACACGGCCUGGGUGGAGGCUACGCGGAAGAAGGCCUUGCUGAAGCUGGAGAAGCUGGACACGGACCUAAAGAACUACAAGGGCAACUCCAUCAAGGAGAGUAUCAGGCGCGGCCACGAUGACCUGGGUGACCACUAUCUGGACUGUGGGGACCUGAGCAACGCCCUGAAGUGUUACUCCCGGGCCCGGGACUAUUGCACCAGCGCCAAGCACGUCAUCAACAUGUGCCUCAACGUCAUCAAGGUCAGCGUCUACUUGCAGAACUGGUCUCACGUGCUGAGUUACGUCAGCAAGGCCGAGUCCACGCCGGAGAUUGCCGAGCAGCGUGGGGAGCGGGACAGCCAGACGCAGGCGACCGUCACCAAGCUCAAGUGCGCUGCAGGCCUGGCCGAGUUGGCCGCACGCAAGUAUAAGCAGGCUGCCAAGUGCUUCUUGCUGGCUUCAUUCGAUCACUGUGAUUUCCCCGAGCUGCUGUCUCCCAGCAACGUGGCCGUCUAUGGUGGCCUGUGUGCCUUGGCCACUUUCGACCGCCAGGAGCUGCAGCGCAACGUCAUCUCCAGCAGCUCCUUCAAGCUGUUCUUGGAGCUGGAGCCGCAGGUUCGCGACAUCAUCUUCAAGUUCUAUGAGUCCAAGUACGCCUCGUGCCUCAAGAUGCUGGAUGAGAUGAAGGACAACCUGCUCUUGGACAUGUACCUGGCCCCCCACGUCAGGACCCUGUACACCCAGAUCCGCAACCGCGCCCUCAUCCAGUACUUCAGCCCCUACGUGUCGGCUGACAUGCACAAGAUGGCCGCAGCCUUCAACACCACCGUGGCGGCCCUGGAGGACGAGCUGACGCAGCUCAUCCUCGAAGGGCUCAUCAACGCCCGCAUCGACUCCCACAGCAAGAUCCUGUACGCCAGGGACGUGGAUCAACGCAGCACCACCUUUGAGAAGUCGCUGCUGAUGGGGAAGGAGUUCCAGAGACGUGCCAAGGCGAUGAUCCUGCGGGCGGCCGUGCUGCGUAACCAGAUUCACGUCAAGUCCCCUCCCCGAGAAGGGAGCCAGGGGGAGCUGACGCCGGCCAACAGCCAGUCCCGAAUGAGCACCAACAUGUGAGGGUGCCCUGCGUGCCCCCACCCCUCGGACUUGGACACGCAGGCUCCCGUGGCUCGUGUGGCACUUCUUCUGGAGGUUACCCCCGCCCCCGUGAAGGGCCCCCCGCCGGGGUGUCCACGUCCAGCUUCUUGUGACCCCUCCACCCUGUUGUGCCCUGUCGGGGGGGCCCUGGCGAAGUGGGCUGUUGCUCAAGGCCCUUCCUGGAAGGCGAGACCGCAGGGCUCACAUGUGCGGCGCCCAGCCCCCCCCCCCACGCACCCUGGCAGCACUGCCUCCCAACUUUCCUGUUCCUGUGUCACUUGGGGUUGCAGACAAGUUCGAUCUCAGUCCAUUAAAAGGCAGCCUGAAA